ACUUACCAAAACGUUACUAAAAACGCGAGUCACAUCGAUGGCUACGAUACUGUUGUAACAUUCAAUGGGCCAAUAACGUAAACAGCAGCCGUUGUAUUUCUAACCGAUAUGAGAGAUGUGCCAAACGUACUCGAAGGGGUGUCAUUGGCAUGUAGUUUAAGUGGAAUCAUCGCGGGUGUGUUAAAAUGCGCGGUAGGGAGACCGCGACCCGAUUUCUACAAUCGGUGCUUCCCCGAUGGAAGAGGCGAUGCCCACUUUAAAUGCACAGGCGAUCGCAUUAUCGUGAUGGAUGGAAGAAAAAGUUUUCCUAGCGGCCAUGCCGCUUUCGCAUUCGCCAGCAUGCAUUUUAUAUGUCUGUAUCUGUGUUCGAAAUUGAAAAUUUUUGAGAACCACAGAGGGGAAAUUUGGAGGAUUUGUUUGUGCAUCUCACCACUAAUUUUAAGCAGUUUAAUCGCUGCCAGUAGAAUUUGCGACCAUCACCAUCACCCAGAAGAUGUCAUUGCCGGUAGCAUCCUAGGAAGCAUGGUAUCCCAUUUCGUUUACUAUCAGUAUUUUAAUGAGCUGUCGCUGACCCCAGAAAGGAACCUGACUCUCUAGUUAAGUUUCAUAAGUGAAAUAAA